AUGGCUGACACGCCUGCUACUCCUGCGCCGUCCGGGGCUGCUGCUUCUGCUACAGCCUCGACCCCAGUGACUGCACUACAGCCCCCUCGCAUUGAAGAACCCGACUCUCGCAACAGCUUACGGCACAUUUUGGCUGCCGAUCCGCAAAUGGACGAUGCGAAGCCUUCACCCUCGCAGGGGAACACGCCUGCCCCGGAAGGGAGCGAGGCUGGUGGGGAUGCGCCCGAAGCAUCCAAGCCAGCUACCGACAACGAUCCAGCGCGCCCCUACUAUACGGCCACAACGACCACUACUCGUCGCAAUGCAAACGGGAGUGUGUCGUCCGUCUACAGUGGCAACAAGAUCAAGCAUCUCAAGAAGGACGAUGGGAUACCGUUGUGGCGCAAAGACAUUCAGUAUGACUUCCUCAAGCUCGUCUUCGAGGACGACAAGCGCGUCUUCACCAAACAGUCAGACUCGACUAGCGGACAUACCUUUGCCGACAUCUAUCUCGACGCCAUGGCCAAGAGCAGCAAAUGUAGCAAGAUUCUGAAAGAUAAGCUGCUGACAGAGCGCCCGGCUGCAAUCAACAUGGCCAUGGUCUGUCUGUUGGUCAAUGUCGGGCGCAUGAACACAACGCUGAACUUCUUCCCCGAAAUGCGCGCCCAGCUACGAACUUACCACUCCAUCCCCUCACUUCAAGCCCACCAAGACCCCAACGCCUACAAGCAGCUGCAAGAUGCGCCACGUCUAAAGUCUAUCCUUAAGGGUGCUACCGAAGACCAAGAACAACCCAGCACCAUUGAGGAAAUUAUGGCCGCUACCGUUCCACGUACAAAUCCUGUAAAUCUUAUCUUCGUCCUCUCCCAGUAUGCGCCGAAGAUCUCAGAGCUACACUUUUUCCCGCCGCGCGACUUUUUUGACUUGGUCAUGCGUUCAAACUUGAGCAGCAGGAGCAGGGCCACGGCCUUUUUGUGGCUCAUGUGGUGGUACUUGGAAAGCGACUUCACCAAGGAGGCCGCCGAGGGCAAUCCUUUUGGGCCUGGACAACCGGGACCGGCAGAUGACCCAACUACGGCCGAAUUUCCUAUCAAAUGCCCACCGUUCGAGAUUUUGACCCCAGACCAAGAGGCUUUGGAGAAUGUCGACACGCCUGACGAGCAGGCGUUUGGUGAGGUCAAGCGAAAGGAGAGAACGGCGAUCCUAGCAAGUGACAUGGCGCCUGUCGUGACGGGCCCCAAGCGCACUAACAAGAAAGGAUUCAACCAGAACCCAGUUUUCUCAAUCGCUGCCGACGAUGGGACUUCAACCCCUGGGAGAGACCGACAGUCACCGUCACAUGGCUCGGCACGAGGGCGUGGCAAGCUUGCGAAAUCGCUCAUCGAACGAGACUACCCCUCGGAUACCGACCGUACUCGCUCGGCGUCUCCUCCGAACAGCGUCUACAACACGGCCAAGAAAAUGGCAACACCAAAUAUGCGGAUAAACACACUCCUCAACGAAGAUGGGCCUGCGUCAGCCUCGCCUGCACCCAAGGGCCCUGGUCGGGGUAACUGGUCUCGCAACAGACAAUCCGGUAUAGGAGCCAGCGGCGGCCCAGCAGCCCGCAGCUUCAAAGCUAAACUCGACGCAAAUAACUCGCAAGAUGGCCAGUCGCCUUCAACUUCCGCCCCAACUUUCAACGGCCCUCACGGAUUCUACCUCCCCCUGAACGGCUCCGACCCCUCGCACAAGCGCACAAGGCCACUAACCCAACACCAGCUCGCAGUGGAACAAUAUCGCCGCCGCCGCGUCGACGUCAUCCUCGACCGCGGCAUCCGUAUCGAGUACAAAGCAGCCGCCAAACGGCGCCGCAAAGCCAACUCCUUCAUCCGCAGCUGGAUCCGCUGCAAAGGCAUGGCAGACGGCUACGACACGGACGAAGAAACCUACGCCCAAUACGGCUCCUCAACCGGCCUCCUGGACCCCGACUACCCUUCUUCCACCGCAGCCACGACCACCGGCGCAGGCGGCGGCACCAAAACCCCACCCCCCAUGCCCUCGGGCCUCGUACCCCUCGACUUUGGCGGCGAAACAAACGACUUUGGCGAAGAAUCUUAUUUCCGUGCUAAAAUGCUGAGUCGCGCUCUGCGUCGUCUGGAGCGCUGGGAAGAAGGCAAGACUGCGCCCCGCGCGCGUAAACCAAAGGGUGAGCUGGGGAAUGGCGUGUCGACUGCGAGUGCGACUGGGAGGUUGGAGAGUGGGGAUGAGGAAGAUGAAGAUGAGGCCGAAGCGGAGGAUCUGAUGGAUGUGGAUGAGGGCGAGGAGGCGAGCGAGGACGAGAGCGAGGAUGAGACUAUGAUUGAUGCUACUGUUGUGUCGAGGGUGGGCCGGGUUGCCUAA